AUGCGGAUGAUCAGUCCCAAAUGUUCACAGGAUGGUCAGGUGUCUAAUAAUGUCAAUCAGGGCUGGCCGUGCAGGACCAGCACUAAGGGGCCAGUGUUCAUUUUGCCUCUUAGUGAGCACUUUAAUACUCUCAGGGGCCCUGCGCUGGCAGCCUAUUCAGGUCUGUCUCCAUCUGCUGCAGCAGCAAUAGUUGUCCUUGUUGUUCUUGUGGCUGUAGCAGUUGUUGGUGUUAUUUACUAUCGCCACAGGAAAUCUACACAAGCAAGACAAAAUGGAAUUGGGAAACCAUGCAAUGACUGUCAGGACAAUAGUGGAGAAGGAUUGCCCCUUAUUCAGACUGAGACUCAGAUGGAUGUUGCUAAAGGGGCAUCCGUUAAUCAAACCAGGACUUCGCAGAUGGAUGUUGUUACAGAGACGUCCCAGAAUCAGACAGAGACUCCACAGAUGGAUGUUGCUAAAGACAGGUCCCCUAAUCAGACCAACACUCAGCAGACAGAUGAUGCUAUAGGGACAUCCCAUAAUCAGACCAACACUCAGCAGACAGAUGAUGCUAUAGGGACAUCCCAUAAUCAGACCAACACUCAGCAGACAGGUGUUGCUAAAGGAACGUCCCAUAAUCAGACCAACACUCAGCAGACAGAUGAUGCUAAAGGGACAUCUCAUAAUCAGACCAACACUCAGCAGACAGAUGAUGCUAAAGGGACGUCCCGUAAUCAGACUAACACUCAGCAGACAGAUGUUGCUAAAGGGACGUCCCAUAAUCAGACCAACACUCAGCAGACAGGUGUUGCUAAAGGAACGUCCCAUAAUCAGACCAACACUCAGCAGACAGAUGAUGCUAUAGGGACAUCUCAUAAUCAGACCAACACUCAGCAGACAGAUGAUGCUAAAGGGACGUCCCGUAAUCAGACCAACACUCAGCAGACAGAUGUUGCUAAAGGGACAUCCCAUAAUCAGACCAACACUCAGCAGACUGACGUUGCUAAAGACAGGUCCCCUAAUCAGACCAACACUCAGCAGACAGAUGUUGCUAAAGGGACAUCUCAUAAUCAGACCAACACUCAGCAGACAGGUGUUGCUAAAGGGACGUCCCGUAAUCAGACCAACACUCAGCAGACAGAUGAUGCUAAAGGGACAUCUCAUAAUCAGACCAACACUCAGCAGACAGAUGAUGCUAAAGGGACGUCCCGUAAUCAGACCAACACUCAGCAGACAGAUGUUGCUAAAGGGACGUCCCGUAAUCAGACCAACACUCAGCAGACAGAUGUUGCUAAAGGGACGUCCCCUAAUCAGACCAACACUCAGCAGACAGAUGUUGCUAAAGGGACAUCUCAUAAUCAGACCAACACUCAGCAGACAGGUGUUGCUAAAGGGACGUCCCGUAAUCAGACCAACACUCAGCAGACAGAUGUUGCUAAAGGGACGUCCCCUAAUCAGACCAACACUCAGCAGACAGAUGUUGCUAAAGGGACAUCUCAUAAUCAGACCAACACUCAGCAGACAGGUGUUGCUAAAGGGACGUCCCGUAAUCAGACCAACACUCAGCAGACAGAUGAUGCUAAAGGGACAUCUCAUAAUCAGACCAACACUCAGCAGACAGAUGAUGCUAAAGGGACGUCCCGUAAUCAGACCAACACUCAGCAGACAGAUGUUGCUAAAGGGACGUCCCAUAAUCAGACCAAGACUCAGCAGACAGGUGUUGCUAAAGGAACGUCCCAUAAUCAGACCAACACUCAGCAGACAGAUGUUGCUAAAGGGACGUCCCUAAUCAGACCAACACUCAGCAGACUGAUGAUGCUAAAGGGACAUCCCAUAAUCAGACCAACACUCAGCAGACAGAUGUUGCUAAAGGGACAUCCCAUAAUCAGACCAACACUCAGCAGACAGAUGAUGCUAUAGGGACAUCCCAUAAUCAGACCAACACUCAGCAGACUGAUGAUGCUAAAGGGACAUCCCAUAAUCAGACCAACACUCAGCAGACAGAUGUUGCUAAAGGGACAUCCCAUAAUCAGACCAACACUCAGCAGACAGAUGUUGCUAAAGGGACAUCCCAUAAUCAGACCAACACUCAGCAGACAGAUGUUGCUAAAGGGACGUCCCCUAAUCAGACCAACACUCAGCAGACUGAUGAUGCUAAAGGGACAUCCCAUAAUCAGACCAAC